AUGGCGCACUUCAAUAACCCCUCUCCAAUGCCAUCCAACAUCGCGCCACCGCGACUCUCCGGUGCAAAGUCACACAUCUUCCAACCACCACGCACUCGCUCUGAUUCCGCCUCUUCCUCUCUAAUCCUCACGCGCUCCACGAACUCUAUCACUACGUCUACCUCAUCUGCCCGCCCCCACCUUGCGCCGGGAAAGAGAAGCCGUGCGAUGGAUGAUGAGGAUGGUGCAAUGGAUCGAUGCCCAGGCUCCCCUCAACCAUUGGUGAACACGAAAUAUGUGCUAGCGGGUGGCAUGGACACGCCUACUAUGAGGGCUUUGCAGUUGGGCGAGAGCGAAUAUGGCGAUGCUUCGUAUAGGAAACAGCUAGACGGGGAUAUGCAUGAGACGCGCAGAGGAUUAUUCUCCGAUCUUGAUGGCCCACUACCCCCUGAUGGGAGACAAGGAAAUGGUCGACCGGUGGGAUGGGACAGUCCGACUACGAAUGGUUGGGGAAAGGCAGUCUUGGGCAAGAUUUGGCAAUGGGGAGGUGCAGUAUUCAGGGGUUUUCAUGCCGGUGGUGGUCAAGGCUAUACACUCAACACUAAUACCGAAUCCAACCCCUAUCAAGUCGAAGAACCGAGUUUUUGGGAGACGGAAAAGAACUUCAGUACAUGGGGACCACCAGAUCGUGAAUCCACACCCGUACCAGGACGCUUUCCAGAAGAGGAAUUCAUACCCAACUACCUAGAUCAACGCCCAACACCGGAAGCGAGACCGAGUAAGCGCAGGCAGGUCAGUAGGAAUAAUACCCAAAAUGAAGAGCUUGCAAAAAAUUGGGUCGUUGUUCCGCCGCCUGCAACUGAAAAUAUCACCCCGUCAAGACCGCAACCUAGAGCAGGAGGGGCAGCGAGAUACAGCAUGCCAACCACGUCCUCUUCCGGCCGUCGUUCAACUGCACCAGCCCGCCCAGCAUCGCGCGCAGGCACAGCACCAAGACGCCCGAUGCUAUCACGAGUCUCGCAUGCCGGCUCGCCAGCACUAACACCAUCACGCGGCGCUUCAUUUGCAUCAGCUCGUUCAAGUCCGAACAGCAAAAUUCCCCGACCAAGCACUCCGAUGCAGAGCCUUAAUAAGACAAUGGAAAGUCCUGCAGCAAAAGAAGCGCAGAGAUGGGUAGCGCAGAAGAAGCAGGAGGAGAGGGAGGCGGAUGAGAGUAUGAGGAGGUUAGAGCGGCAAUUAAAAGCUAUGAUUCGAGAAGGGAAAGAGGCGUUGGGAACAAGGGUGGAAGUUGAGAUGGAUUAUGAAGAGUGA